UGAAGAAGCUGGGAUUGUGGAGAGGAUUGGCAAUGGAGUGAGUUUUAUGAAACCAGAUAAAUAUACUGGAGCUGAAAAAGCUAUAAUCAAUGAUAAACAUUCUUCCCUCUGGAAUGAGGACAAGGGGUUUGUCUGUGUUUUCCACCAAUGAAUCCAGAAUCAUCUAGUAUCAUGAGGUCUUCUAGUCAUAGCAGAAAAAAAAAAUGAGUAAAACAACUGCCAAAGUGUCUAUUAGGAUCAUAUUAAUUCUUAGCUUGGAUUUAAGAAUAUACAUCUGAAUAAUGACAAAUAGAUGAGUCACUCUCAGGUGGGAGGAAACUAACGCUCCAUCAGAGUUGGUGAGAAGAGGCGGAGGAGCUCUCACUUCUGAACCAGCCAUAAGAAAGAUGGAGCAAACAAACACGUUCACAGAAACAUCCAGCAAAGUUAUCACAUGCCAGGCAGCCAUUGCCUGGACAGCAAAUGCCCCCCUGUCUAUUGAGAAAAUUGAAGUUGAUCCACCAAAACCUGGUGAAGUUCGAAUUAAGAUUAUAUCCUCUGGGAUCUGUGGUACAGAUAAGCACAUCCUGGAAGGAAAAGACAAAGUACCCCUUCCGGCAAUUUUGGGUCAUGAGGGAGCUGGGAUUGUGGAGAGUAUUAGAGAAGGUGUGACCAGUGUGAAACCAGGAGAUAAAGUCUUAAUGUUCCCUCUUCCAGAAUGCAGAGAAUGUAGCUCUUGCUUGCACCCCAAGGGCAACUUCUGCUUGAAGCAAAAAGUUAUUCCUCCAACUGGAUUAAUGUUAGAUGGAACCAGCAGAUUUACCUGCAGAGGAAGAAAGAUUUAUCAUCUUUAUGGCACAAGUACAUUCACUGAAUAUACUGUAGUACAUGAAAUUGCUGUCGGGAAAAUUGAUGAUGGUGCUCCUAUGGAUAGAGUCUGUAUCCUUAGCUGUGAGGUUCCUACAGGCUUUGGAGCUGUAUUUAACACUGCAGGGGUCACCCCAGGUUCCACCUGUGUGGUUUUUGGACUUGGAGGAAUUGGCUCAGCUGUUGUCAUGGCCUGCAAAGCCUCUGGUGCCUCUAGGAUCAUUGGGGUUGAUAUCAACGAGGAGAAAUUUCCUUGGGCAAGAGACUUAGGAGUCACUGACUGUCUCAAUCCUCAAAACCUCAAGAAACCUGUCCAGGAGGUGGUGGUGGAAAUGACAGGCAAUGGCGUUGACUUUGCCUUUGAGGCCAUUGGACUUAUUGAUACCAUGGUGGCAGCUUUGGAAUCGUGCCACCCAAGCUAUGGAGUGUGUGUGAUUAUUGGAGUAGCACCUUCGAAUUCACAGUUCAUUUUUGACCCACUGCUGCUUCUCUCUGGGAGAACCCUAAAAGGUGGUGCUGUAGGAGAGUAUAAAACCAGAGACUCUAUACCUAAACUGGUAACUGACUACAUGGAAAAAAAGAUCAAUACGGACCCACUUAUAACCCAUAAAUUCCCUUUUGAAAGUAUCAAUAAGGCAUUCGAAUUGUUCCAAGCUGGACAUUGCAUCCGCUGUGUCCUCUUGUUUUGAGACCCCAGAUGAUGAAGAGGAAGUAUGAGCAUCCUUAGUAAUGCUACUUUGUGCUUCUUCACCUCUGAUUAUUUACUUGCAAUACAUAAAGAGCAAAAUUUGAAAGAGUGUACUUCUAGAAUUUUAAUGA